AUGGAAGCAGUUGUUGACCUUCCCGUAUUCCUCGUACAAAGCAACAAAACCGAACGCGGGUCCAACGCGGAGGGGCCGGCUGUGGCUGAGCCCAUUGAUGAGUUUCCAAACUCAUUCUGGAACCAGUUGUCGGCAGUAUCGUUAUCAUCAAGUUUCAAGUUUCUCACACUUCAGAGUCAACAGGACAGAUAUCAAGCAACACCAACUCCAGCAAUGACAACUCCCCUGCCAAUCCGGUAUGACAUCUACCGGCCAGCCCUCUCAUACCACUUCGACAUCACAGCCCACGACAGCAAACAAAAUCUUUUCUACUGCAAUGUCGUUCGUUUCACAAAAAGCUCUACACCAGAUUUAGUCCUCCACGCCGGCCAGGACAAACGCGCACCAUCAAUAGCGCUAGCGCACAUUUUACAAUUCUCGCAAAGCUUCAAAAUCGGCUUUGGCAGUACUGCUGAUAUGGACGCCGUAGAAUGGGAAGACUUUACGCGCUCAAAUAUCAAGGGUUCUGAGCAUCGCUGGGGAAUGACUCUCCAAAGAACCAGCGACAGCCCAUCACCAAGUCGAUCCAACGAUAGAUUGUCUUUGGUGUGGAAGAGAACAACGACUGUUACAGCAGAGGGUGGUAGUGAGCCGGUCACUGGGCCACGUGGUCAUAGAGGACAUCGUGGUUGGAAACUCGUUGAAGAGAGUAGACCGGAAGACGUUUGGGCUAUUUUUACGUUUGACAGGGUUUUUGGGAGGAGGGGAAUAUUGCAAAUAAAUGUGAACUAUGGGGAGAAGUUUAAUACGGGUGUGCUGAUUAGUAUACUGACAUUGUAUGAGAGGUCGGAAGCAGCGGUAGAGUAG